GUUUGCUUUCUUCAGAUCGAUAUUUUGCCAAUUGUCAUUAUGGGUAGAAGCCAUCAGCAUACCACCGUGUCAGAGCGCGCCAUCCAUGACCAGACGAACCUCCUACCCCGGCCUCAAUUAAUAGUCGUCUUCACCGCAUUGUCGUUGACGCUCUUGAUCGCCUUUAUUGAUCAAAAUGGCAUCAGUGUCUCACUUCCCACCAUCGCUGCGGAUCUCAACGCCGAGGAUACCAUCUCAUGGGCCGGCACAACAUCAUUGGUCGCCAACACCAUGUUCCAGAUGCUAUAUGGCCGGCUGUCCGACAUCUUCGGUCGCAAAGCAGUUUAUCUCACCGCAAUCGCUACACUCAUCAUUGCCGAUAUACUAUGUGGCAUAGCUCAGAAUGCAGCUUCAUUUUAUGUUUUCCGUGGGUUGGCCGGUAUUGGCGGAGGCGGAAUCACCAACCUCAGCAUGAUCAUCAUCUCAGAUAUUGUGACUCUGGAGCAGCGUGGGAAGUACCAAGGCAUUAUCGGCUCCAUGGUGGGCUUGGGCAAUGUUGCUGGACCGUUCAUAGGGGCGGCCUUCAUUCAAAAGACCGGCAGUUGGAGAGGCUUCUUCUAUAUGUUGGCGCCACUCGGUGCUGUGGUUUGGGUUAUCACAUUCUUCCUCCUACCAUCAAAGCCUCCGUCAGGGUCGUUCCAGGAAAACGCUAGGAAGGUUGACUAUAUGGGAUCCUUUACCUCCUCACUGGGGGUUAUUUUCUUGUUAAUACCCAUAUCUGGCGGAGGCGCAUAUUUCCCAUGGGAGUCUCCAAUGGUGGUCAGUAUGCUUGUGAUUGGCUCUUUGGCUAUGAUAGUAUUCAUCAUCAUUGAAUGGAAGCUCGCCAAACUUCCAAUGAUGCCAUUGGCCAUAUUUUCUAACCCAGUCACUACAAUCAUGCUUGUACAAAGUUUCUUGUUUGGAGCUGUAUAUCAGUCAUACUUGUACUAUAUCCCGAUGUAUCUCCAGAACGCCCAUCAAUUCUCACCCACCAUGUCUGCUGCUAUUUCAGUUGCCCUGAUGGGCUUACAGACGGUAUCGUCGGUUCUUUCCGGUCAAUACAUCUCCCGUAUGAAGAGAUACGGAGAAGUCAUCCAGAUAGGCUUCGGAUCGUGGACCUUGGGUUCUGGUCUUACAUUGCUUCUUGAUCGUAAGAGUAGCCCAGGUAUCAUCAUCAUUCCACUCAUGUUCGUCGGCUUUGGUGUAGGAUGUAUCUUUCAGCCAACACUCGUUGCAUUGCAGGCGCACUCGACCAAAUCACGUCGCGCCGUCAUUAUAUCUAACCGGAACUUCUUUCGGUGUUUUGGUGGAGCCUGCGGGUUAGCGGUUUCGGCUGCUGUUUUGCAGGCCGUUCUGAGAGCUAAUCUUCCGCCGAAAUAUGCCUACCUCGCUGAUGAGACAUACGCCGUUCCUAGGCUGGGCGGUGAUGACAAAGACGGAGUUUUGGAUGCAUAUAUGGCUGCUAGCAGGGCAGUAUUCAUACUGCAGAUUCCUUUGAUUGGAUUGUGCUUAUUAGGAUGCGUUUUCAUCAAGGACAAUGGGUUGGAGGCCAUCGAUGAGCGUCCAAACCCUGACGCUGUCGAAGAUGGGACGACGAGUACCAUGCAAGAAUCUCAAAUAUCAUCGACGGAAAAUGGAUUUGGCGGUGCCAUUAAGGAAACGAAAUAGAUAAAAGCAACCGCACCUAGACAGGGAUAGAACUUAUAGAGGUUUAGAGCC